AUGAGCUUUUCGGCGGACCCACUGCGAAAUGGACAUGUUGCUAUCGCGACUCGUUCAAUUCUCGCAGAAUCUCAGCUGCGAUCAUCUUCCUCACCUGUGACCUCCGUGGUUUCCGGCUGCUUUUUCAGCCAAAUUUGUAAACAUUCUUCCAUAAUUUCUCACACUACAACGCUCCGAGAAGGGGCACUAUGUAGAGCAACAGCGCCAUAA